AUGAUCCCCGCCAGAAAGCUUUGCCUUGCACAAACAAAAGACCUGGCGCAGCUCCUUCCGGAGGCCCCGAGGCGCGCCGGACGUGAACUUGAUGUUCAUCGAGGGCGAAUCGGGGAACUGCUAGGAUCUUCACCGUGGCAGCUCUAUCCCUCGACAAGGCUUCCACUUGAUCUCUUCCGGGGAGGUCUGAUUACGGCGCCCGAAAUCUAUAUAAUGCGAUCCUUCAGUCUGGCGAGCGCCGCUUCGCAGAACUUUGUCGCCGGCCUCGGCAUCGCCUUCUCAGCAGGCGUCUUCGUAUCGCUCAACCUCCUUGGCGCCGGCGGCGGCAGGCCCGAGUCGGCACAUGUAAUCCAGAGCGCCAACGCCAUCCUAUCGUCCGUCUGGUUCCUCUUCGCCUGCGUCGGCGGUACAUACCUGACCCUCCUGGGCCCGGCCGUCACCAUGUGCUUCGGCAUCUGCACCUACGCCGUCUACGUCGGCUCGCUAUGGUACUACGAGGCCACGGGACGACAGGAGUUCCCUCUGGCAGCGGGGGCUAUUGUCGGCGUCGGAGCCGGCGCCGUCUUCAUCACCUCGGGCUACAUCCAGGUCGCCUACUCGUCCGACAAGAACAAGGGCAAGUUUAUUGCUAUUCAGAACACACUCCAGGCUACGGGCUCAAUCGCCUGCAGUAUCUUGCCUGUGAUUCUCAACCGAAACAACCUCUCGCGCGCGGGGGUCCCCAUCCCCGUGUAUAUCACGUACAUCACCGUGAUGCUCGCCGCCGCUGCCCUUGCCCUGCUCGCGCUCCGCCGGCCCAACGAAGUUACAUGCGGCAACGGUGCGGCCAUAUCAGGGUGGAAUGAGAAGCGUAGUCGCCAGCAGGAGCUUGCGGAGAACCUCGCAGUUUUCAAGGAAUGGAAACUGUUGUGUCUUCUGCCUGCUUUCUUGCCUGCUGGCUCGUUUCUUAUCUAUCUUGGCUCGAUCCCCUUUGGACAUAUUUUGCACGUAAUUUUGGACAGACCGGCAUGGUCCAGGCGGAAGCGUGGGCUGGCUGGGCUCGCUUUUGUUGGGGUACCUCUGUCCGUUGCUUGGUUAUGGGAAGUCAUUCGGACAAGGGGCUUCGAUAGAAGCGCCCCACCAGCGAGGCCCGUUGACUGGAGUGACUCUGAAUAUGGCCCUAUCAUGGUUCUCUUUGUUCUUAACUGGACUGCCUCGAUUCUUUGGCAGUAUCUUGUGCCCUGGUUUAUCGGUGCUCUUGGCCUGCCGCCAGAGAAGCUCAGCCAUUACAUGGGCGUGCAGAGGGGACUUUUGGCCGCUGGUGAAGCAAUCUGUUUUGGUGCCGAUGCUGCCAGAAUACCUUAUGUAGCCUUUUCAGGUGCCAUUUUUGGGUUCUACGCGGCUGCUAUUGGCGCAUUGGUUUACAUGUGCACUUUUCAUGUGGCUGAGUAA